AUGGUGCUGACGGGCCUGGGAGGUUUGAGGGCAGUGGAGAUCACAGGGAUAGCAUGUAUAACUAGAGAAGGGCCACAUGGCCCAUCCCAUGUCUUCUCAGAUAAUCAGCAGUUUCUGGCCAAUAUCAAUUGCUCUGUCCUUCUGUUGAUGCACUACACCCGCAGAAAAGUAGGGUUGCCUAAAACAGACACCAUCGACUUGUGUGAUGAAACAGGGACAAUGAAGAUGUUUUUCGUGAUGAAGACCCCUGGAGACUAUGCCAGCAAAUUCCUUACAGCUCGAAGCACCUACUACGUUUGUAAGGUGGAGCGUGGAGCACGAGGAACCCGACUAGAGAAUGCCUACAAAGCUUUUGUGCCCCUUCUGAAGAAUCCAGAACCUGAGCUAAUCGAAAACUUGCGCUCACAAUGUGAUGUCAUGGAGAAGAAUCGAUUGAAAAUGCUUAAAAUCCAAGAAGCCAAGAAAGUCGUUGCAAUCGAAUCCACUGCGAACGCCCCAUCUAAGUCUACCGGAAGAUCAGAUGAAGAGGGGCCCCCUCCCCCUCGCAGGGGUCUGACAUUUAAGACCAGAGCAGAUGUUUUCAGUAGAAGGGAUAGACAUCGCUAACUGAAUAAAGUGACCAAGUGAGAGCAGUAAUAUUAGGUAUGGAAUUGCUGGAAUUUUAUAUGAGGCCCCUUUUUCAAGAAAAGACAUCGUCUCCCAAUAUCUGUACCA